AUGGAGGAGGGCGAUAUUAUUAUGGUCACUCCGAUGGAGAGGGAGAGGAUGGAGAAGAGAGCGAGAAAGACAAGAGUGAAAGACAAUACUUCAAUACAACCACCACUCAGCAUCCUGAUGCGGCAUUUUCGACCUCAUUGCGUGCCACCACCACCAGAUCACUGCGAUGGAUUUACCCACAGGGCUGUCAAAGACACUAUGGGAACAUUUAGCCAGCCAUUAGAAUUGUCCCAACCUUUCAAUCAACUUUCAGCCUCAUAUCCGCCUCCUAGGGGAGUGUCGCCUCAUCCGCAUAUGUCUGUGAGUAUGAUGAGAAUUGAGAAUAUACAACCGAAAGUGCCAAGUAACUGGCAGACGCUAAACAAUUGUCACUUGUUCAUGCAGGAUGCCUACAAAAGGUACAGACUGUUUGAACAACACUCUAGCCGAGAGAUUCGUCGCCUUAUUGCUAUGCUAGUCCAAACACAGUAUAGCGGGGAAGGCUGCACCACAAGGCGGAAAAACCACGGGUUCUCAAUAAACACCACGCACAGAUGUUCUUUUCUCCGUCACCAUCCAGAGUUACUCCGUAAUUGGGGAGCACCCAGGGGCAGCGGAGAAAAAGGUGGCCACAUACAUCAUCAUCAGUGGCUCAAGGGUGAAAGCAGAAAAUUCAAAAAUAGAAAGCUCCAAAAGUCAACACCCUUGUGGACGACAGAACCCCAAACUGACAAAACAGCCAGCCUCGCUAGGGGGAGUGUGUUCGAUGGCACGGUCGGGGAGCCGAGAGACUAUGAAUGGUGUCGAAGCAUGGGAAUGUUCGCCGUUAGGGACCUAUUUAUGGACACCCCUUACGAUCAUGGUGAUGAUAGGCGCUCCGGCUCGCAUCAGAUGACGACAUCGGGCGUUCUGUCUACGGGUAGGACCAUGGGUACGGAGCCUGACUAG